CACUUCGCCGCGGCUCGCCCGACGACGAGUUCACGGCGAGCGCGAAAACGACAUCGCCGGCCGUCGACGACCACGACCGAAUGGCAGUAUCGUAUAGUGUCGCCGCCACCUCGCUCUAUCCACGACUUGCCGUUGUUAGUCGGUACCGUCGCGCGACCGCCGUUUUCGUCGGCCGACCACCGCGAUUACACGUCGGACUCGGAACGGACCGCUGCUACUAUCACAAAGACAUGACUGCAGCGAAUGCAGAGGCAUCGGCAGCUACAGUUUCAAAGAUGAAGUCGACAACUGCGGAUGAUGACAGCGGCUGCAGCUUGAAAGCGAGAGACCUAUGGGUGGAUGUUAACGGCGUGGCCACUCGAGUGCUUUGUUGGGGCAAGCCGAUCGACGAGCACAAUAAACAUGAAUUAAAGAGAGUAGUGCUAUGCAUUUGCGGCAACCCAGGUGUAUCAGAGUUCUAUGAAAAAUUUCUGCAGGAAGUCUAUCGAAUCCUCAAAGUUCCUGUCUGGGUGUUAUCACAUGCAGGUCAUGAAGUUCCACCGCCGAAUUCGGGCCUUACAAUCCCUGACCCUAAAAAGUAUCCCGAUCUUUACACGGUAAAGGGACAAAUAGAACAUAAAUUGCGGUUUAUCGAGAAGUACGUGCCAGAUAAUUGCGAUCUAUAUUUUGUGGGUCAUUCAGUCGGGUCAAAAAUUAUAUCAGAACUGUUAAAGGAUAGUGCAAUGGCCCAGAGAUUGUCUGUUAAACGUUCAGUGUUUCUGUUUCCCACUCUACAGAAAAUGCGCGAGACGCCUAACGGACGUAAACUUAUAUUUACUGCAUCCAAUCUUCUACCCGUCACAAUUUUUUUAUCUUGGAUUUUUACUUUAUUCCCGGCUUUUAUCAAAACAUUUUUGGUAAAUAUGACCCUAAUAAUCAUGGAAGGAGGACGUGUCGAUGACCAUGUUAUCAGAUCAGCUGUGCGUUUGGUUCAUCCAAUGGUGUUACGCAACGUAUUUUCCAUGGCAGUAGACGAAAUGGAUAAAAUAUACGAUUUGGAUUCCAAGCCGUUAAAGGACAACGCGAAAAGAUUGCACAUGUACUUCGGUAGAACCGACGAUUGGUGUCCGACGUCGUUCUACGACGACAUCAGCAAGUGCGUGCCGGAAGCAGAUGCUGUACUGUGCGAUAAAGGCUAUCAACACGCGUUCGUGAUCGGUUAUUCCGACGAGAUGGCUGGCAUCGUGUGCGACUGGCUCCAAAUCGACCUAGGAGACUCUAAAUCGCAGUAGUACCUACACUGAAACUGCACAACAGACAUCAACGGUUGUUCGUCUCCCGCGUUUAAAAAUUAUAUUUUUUAUAAAUGAUGUUUUUUUUCAUCAAAUAUUGUUUUAUAAUUAUCUUUUUGUACCUACUUAUUAUAUCCUUCUAGUCCGACUUGCCUCAUCUCGAAACAAACAAAUAAAUUGCAAACCGUAUAAUAUAUUGGAGUAUGUAACAACA